AUGUCGCUUUCUCCACUUAAGUCAUUUUAUUGGAUAUGCGGCGGUGGCGCACGGAGACGGCCUUUAGGGGAAUCUCUGCAAGUUAGAUAGCACUUCCGGAACGUUCUCAUAAAGCGACGGAAGUAGCUGCCAGAAAACGGUAGGCGGGGCACCCAAUGAAAAGCGGCUCCUAGAGGAAGGGGGCGGGACAUCGUGAGAGGAUUGUCCAAUGAAAACGACCGACGCCAGACACAGGGACCGCGCCGGGGCGGAGGAGACGAUGGAGAAUUUCUCGGCGCUGUUCGGAGCUCAAGCUGACCCACCACCACCACCAAGCGCGCUCGGCUUCGGACCAGGAAAGCCUCCACCUCCUCCUCCCCCUCCUCCGGGCGGGGGCCCCGGCACGGCCCCGCCGUCCACCGCGGCCACGGCUCCCCCCGGCGCCGACAAGUCGGCGGCUGGCUGCGGUCCCUUCUACCUUAUGCGGGAACUGCCAGGUAGCACUGAGCUGACAGGCAGCACCAAUCUGAUCACACACUACAACCUGGAACAUUCCUAUAAUAAAUUUUGUGGGAAGAAGGUGAAGGAGAAACUCAGUAACUUCCUGCCGGACCUGCCAGGAAUGAUUGAUCUGCCUGGUUCCCACGAUAACAGCAGCCUCCGUUCUCUCAUCGAGAAACCCCCUAUUCUUGGUGGCUCUUUUAAUCCCAUCACAGGGACCAUGCUGGCUGGUUUUCGCCUCCACACUGGCCCGUUACCAGAGCAGUGUCGCCUGAUGCAUAUUCAGCCGCCCAAGAAGAAGAAUAAGCACAAGCACAAACAGAGCCGUACCCAGGAUCCUGUUCCCCCAGGUGAUCGGCACACACUGUUUCCUACAGAAACACCAUCUGAUUCUGAUCACAAGAAGAAGAAAAAGAAAAAAGAGGAGGAUCCUGAACGGAAAAGGAAGAAGAAAGAGAAGAAGAAAAAGAAGAACCGACACAGUCCAGACCACCCAGGCGUGGGCGGCUCUCAGGCCAGCAGCAGCAGCAGCCUCCGCUAACAGGACUCUACUGGAAGGGCUUUUCCUGCUGUCCUGAACCUGCUGACAAAAGCUGCCUUCCAGGCCCAGACUCUGCCGUGGGAGCGUCCCCUGCAACCGGGAUAGAAGCCAGCUCCAACUGUGCUGGGCUAAGAUUAACACAUUAUAUGAGAAGGGCCGUGCUUUUGUAAAGCUCGGCCCAGUUGGCUUUCUCACGGACAUCUCUUCCUCUCCUGGGAAGCUUUCUUUUCAUCUCUUCUGUGCAAUUGGUCUGAUUUAGGACAUUGUCUGAUCUGUUAGGGUUUUUCUUUAAAAAAAAAAAAAAAAUUGCAUUUAUCAAACUGGCUGAACUGUGGCUGCCUGUUAAGAGGUAAGUGCCUUUCUAUGUGAGAGUCAGGGUUUAAGCCAAGGCAUUCAAAGAUCUGUGGGGAAUUUGGGUCUUCAUUACAUUAUCUUAUUAGCAGGCAGGGAGACCACCAAAAUGAGAUUGGGGAACAUGGUCCACAAGUGAGGCAGAGCUUGCUAAUACCUGUCCACAAUGGACACUUCACACUGCCCAUCAUGUUGAGAACCAAGCACCUGGAUGAGAUCUAUACCAUCUAUCUUAAGAGGUGAUCCAGUUAAGGCUCAGCUCCCUUCUAGGUCAAUUUUGCAUUGAAACAGAAUAGCCAACUGAAAAAGCACCCACAGUAAUCACCAGUGUACUUCAACAAGGUCAAUUCCUGGCCAAGCCUAUGGGUUUUGUUUUGUUUUGUUUAAUCUCUGGCAAGCAAAGGUAAAUGCUUCUCAUCUUUAUAAGAAUCUUUGACCUGCCUCAUUCCUUAGGUAAAACAAUGAAAUUAUUAGGCUGAUGUGAAAACAUUUCUAAACUUCUAGGACAGCCACAGAAAGGGAACCUAAACUAGCAGGAUGUGAAAGAAAUUCCUUCAGUGUUUACAGCAGGCCAGGUAACUAGAAAUGUCCACGAGAAAACCCAAACUAUUGUAAUCUGACUUUAAAUAAAUUUGACACAGAACAGUUAAAAUCUGUUGCUAUGAGCCAAGAUUGUUACUAGAUCAGUAGGUGGAAAACCAGUCAUUGAGCUACAGUUUUAAUCUAGGAUUUCAGAGCAAGGGUGUAUAUACUUAAGUCACGGACAGUGAAAAUAAUGGGUUCUGGCAGGCUUCUGGAGAUGUAGUGUCUGAGGCGGCCUAUUUUAAAUUAGGGCACAGCCUUUUUGCUUUCAACAAACAGAACAGACCCGUGAGCUACCAAACUGGAGUGCCAGCCACAUCCAGGCAGUCUCCCUCUAAUGGGCUUUCAUCCCUUGAUCAUCCACUGUCUCACUUCUGGCUACAUCCAAAGAGCUUUCCUGUCCAGAGACAAAAUUCUGUAUUUAAGAACUGUGGCAGUCAAGAGUUCUCUAAACUUUGAAAUGACAAGGAGCUGAGGUGGUCACAAAAGGUUUCUUCUAGGAAUUUUUGAAUUAAAUCACCAAAAUAAAAACAGAA